AGUUUUUCGCGGCAUCAGCUGUUCAACCGUGGUCUACCGGGACUAUAUUGUCGUCCGCACGAGGACAGGGAUAAUCCCGAUCGAAAGUUCGAGCAGUUUGAAUUUGGAGACAAGAUCGCUGAAUCGCUCAAGGAGCUGUUCAACCGUGGUCUACCGGGACUAUAUUGUCGUCCGCACGAGGACAGGGAUAAUCCCGAUCGAAAGUUCGAGCAGUUUGAAUUUGGAGACAAGAUCGCUGAAUCGCUCAAGGAGGUGGUCUUGACUCACGACGAUGGAACUCUCACAGGGCGAAUUCAAUUUGAUCCUCACACUGGAUGGCGUACUAAUUUUUCGGUUACGGUUAUCGAAAUCAAACCUGGUGUAAAUACGCUGAAUAGCAUCAAAGAGCGAUUUCAAUGGGCUCAAGGGAAAGGAUUCCUGCUUGGAGAGGAGAGAACCUUUCACGAGAAUAGACCUAACAAAAGCGCCAUUCGAAAAGGCAUUCUCGCGAACAAGCCAUGGAAAUUGAAAUUGAACGUCGUCACUGUGCUGGUAAAACCGUUUGUGAUGGUGAGAAGGGGCAAUCCAGGUGAAGCGCCACACAAAGGCAAUGACCGUUUUGAAGGCUACUGUAUCGACUUGCUGAAGUUGCUGGCGAAAAACAUAUCUGGUUUCGAGUACGAAAUCUUCGUUUCGGACGGCAACAAGUACGGAGCUAGGCAACCCGACGGUAGUUGGGAUGGGAUGCUCGGAUAUCUUCUGAACGAGACUGCCGACAUAGCAGUCGCUCCCUUGACCAUCACACAAGAAAGAGAAAGAGCCGUGGACUUCUCGAAGCCGUUCAUGACCACAGGAAUUUCAAUCAUGAUCAAGAAGCCAGAAAAGCAAGAGUUCAAUAUCUUUUCGUUUAUGGAGCCGCUUGGCAUGAGGAUUUGGAUCCUCACCGUAUGCUCUUAUGUUGGGGUGUCCCUGACUAUCUUUUUGGUGUCGUCAUUUUCUCCUUACGAGCAACGAGUGCAGUUCAAUCAUGGUGAAUUUUCCGUAUCGAACGAAUUCUCCAUGUACAACUCGCUUUGGUUCACUCUUGCUGCUUUCAUGCAGCAGGGCACAGACAUUCUUCCGAAGUUGGUUCCUCUAGUCCUUGCUAUUUGCGUCCCGAUUGGUGCGAAAUCCUUCUUUUACAGAGCUCUCUCUGGCCGAAUCGCAUCAUCUGCUUGGUGGUUCUUCACGCUGAUCAUCGUUUCUUCGUACACUGCAAACCUUGCUGCAUUCCUGACCCUAGAGAAAAUGACCCCGCCCAUAGAAUCAGUGGAGGACCUCGCUAAUCAAAAUAAGAUACUUUACGGCGUUGUCAAAGGCGGUUCGACAGCUGCAUUCUUCGAGGACUCAACAGUUCCACUGUACAAGAAGAUGUGGGACUUCAUGCAGGAUGAGCACAACAAGUUUCUCAGGAAUCAAGUGGCCCAGUCAGUAUUUGUGGACACUUACGCGGAAGGCAUCGAACGGGUCAGAAGCAGUAAGGGAAGAUACGCGUUCCUGUUGGAAGAGACGACCAACAACUAUGAGGGAGGUCGGAAAACCGUG